AUGUCCACCCUGACGAUGUCGUCCCUAGCACCGCCUGAGCCCUCAAAACUCCAGCAGAAGAUAGGGUUGAAUGUCAGAGGUGAGAGCGAAUGGCUUGGUCGACGCGCGGCCUCCUCACGAGUCGAUAGCCUCAAUCGCACUCUGAAAGUCGACGGAAAAUUCUAUGCCGUCAUGACGAUCGGCGGGGAGAGGAAAGAGACGAAGGUCGCUCGCCGGAGCAGCACCCCAGCCUGGAACCAACUUUUCUCCUUUAAUGCCCAUCCAAAUUCGACUCUCAGAAUCGACAUCUUUGCUCGUCGCAAAAUGCGCAAGGAUCUGCACAUCGGCUCCAUCUCGGAAUUAUUAUCGGCUUUACAUCCUUCGAUACUCGAAGGCAGCCCACAAGACGUGACCAAGACCAUCUCAGGAGAAUCUGGUGCCCGUAUUGUCUUACGCAUCGGAAUCGAAGUACAAGAUAAAAGUAUAAAGGAACAGCAUCCCAUUGAGAACCUACCGGCACCAGAAACCGUGCAGGAAAUAUAUACAGAUGCGAUCCCAGAGACGUUGGAUGUCAACUUCGCGGACCUCGAGCAUAAUGUAUCUCAGAUGCACUCGCUUUCACGACCUGUCAGCACCGUCGUCAAUGGCGCAAGCUCUAUGCCUUCGGAGAAUAGCGAUUUUCUCACGACAUGGAAGCCUUUCUUCGAUAACAUCAAGAUCUUUUGCGAGUUCACGGACAAGCUCGCAGAAGUACAUCCGUACGCCAAGAUGGCCAUGAGCAUCCUGUCAUUACCCGUAAAGAGCUUGUUGGUUGCAAAGAUCGUCCAGAAACAGAUGGACCGAGACACCAACAUUUUGAAACUGUUCAAUACAAUGAAAUCAUUCUACAGUAUUGUGAAUGAUUUGAAGACGGAAUUCGAGGCCAAGCCCGAGAAGGCCGGAUUGCUACAAGACCUAUUCAUCCGGAUUGCUCGACAGACCACGGAGUGCUACUACUUCAUAUCUGAGUAUGUGAAGACCGAGGGCUUCUUGAGGCGAACAGUCAAGCAUGCACUUUCAUCGACGGAUGAUACAAUCAACGAAUUCUGUGAGGUGUUCGUUGAGCUCGAGCAUGCAUUCCAUACUGGAGUGGCGGUUCAAACUCAGAUUGUCACUGUACGUAUUCUCGACAAAGUGGACCAUAUUCUCGACGGAGUAGAGCAUAUCCUGAGUGAUACGGAGGAAAUCAUGAUCGAAACUGACUUGAAGGAAAUCGGAUACACGAGCGGGGCCAGCUUCGGUCCGAACAAGGGGUGUCAGCCAGGAACUCGCGUGGCGAUUUUGGACGAGAUCGCAGAUUGGAUCAAUUCGGACGACACUCACCGCGUUCUCCUGCUUUCGGGCGCCGCAGGGACCGGGAAAUCAGCCAUUGCACACACCAUCGCUCAGCAGUUCAACGACCUUCAUCGUCUUGGAUCAUCCUUUUGCUUCAUCCGUGGUGAGGCUGGGCGCGGUCCUGACAAGCUGUUUCCCCAUAUGGCUCGCGAUCUGGCCGACUUUGACAAGCGCAUAAAACGCGCGCUGUGGGGCAUUGUCCAGUAUCAAACGGCACUCCGGACCACGUCGCAGAUUGCUCUGCAGUUCGACAACUUUAUACUGAAGCCACUACAGGAACUCACACUCACAGGUCCCCUUGUCAUAGUCAUCGAUGCUUUGGAUGAAUGUGGCGAUGUUCCAUCUCGCCAAGGGCUUCUUGAGCUACUCGUGAGCAAGAUGGCAGAUCUCCCUUCCAGUGUCCGCAUCCUCCUCACCUCCCGUCCUGAGGCAGAUGUCGAGCGUCUGUUCAAACCGAAUGCCCACAUGAUUCUGAAGAGAAUGCAGGAUAUCUCCCCUCAGUUGACUGAGCUCGAUAUCACAGCAUACAUUCACAAUCGUCUGAGCGGUCCCAGUUACAGUGUUAUUGAUGAUGCACGCAAAAGCGCGCUUGUGUCCAGAUGCGAGGGACUAUUUCAGUGGGCAUCCGUUGCCUGCACAUUUAUCAUAGGUCUGGGCAUCACUGGAUUGGAGCCCUUGGAUCGAUACAACCUCCUGAUAGAGGGCAAGGUCCAUGAAACGGCAGGCUUAGACGGUCUAUACACCACCGUGUUAUCCUAUCUGUUUCCGAUUCAGAGAUCUGCCGCAUUGGAUGAAUCAAUCAUGGACGGCUUCCGAUUCAUCAUGGCGCUGGUGUUGACGACAUUCGAGCCUGUCUCAGUCAAAUCGCUCAGUGAGAUGUCUCGUAACGUCGAGGAUGGGAUUAUCAGCUUGCGACCGGAAAGUAUCUUGGGGGGUAUGGGGUCUGUGCUGCGAGGCGUUGCGGAGGAAGAACCGAUUCGUCCAUUGCAUACCUCGUUCCGUGAUUUCUUGUUGGAUCCCUCACGCAGUGGAAGAUAUCAUGUUGACACAUCCCGAACUCACCGAGACUUGACCCUCGCUUCGCUGCAUAUCAUGGAGAAACAAUUGGCGUUCAAUAUCUGCCAUCUGGAAUCCUCGUAUUUGUUGAACAGGCACAUCCCCGACCUUGCCGACCGCGUUCGAGAAUCAAUACCCGCACAUCUUUCCUAUUCGUGCCGGUUCUGGGAAAGUCACUUGCAAGCUAUAGGAGCAGGUGUCGCAUCCGAACUCAAGGUGCUGAAAGGCAUUGAAGUGCUUCUCAAGGAAAAAUUACUGUUCUGGCUCGAGGUGAUGAGUCUCCUCGGUGCAGUAUCUGGGGCAGCGCGAGCCGUUGCCUCAAUAGUAAAAUGGGCAUCGGGUCUGCAUACAAGUCAAAUAAGAAAAUUGGCAACUGACGCGCAAGCCUUCAUAAACAUGUUCGGGUUCCCCAUAUCACAGUCUACUCCCCACAUCUACUUAUCCGCCUUGGCAUUCUCUCCACAAAGCUCCGAUGUGUUCAAAAGGUUUUGGAAAGAAUUUCCUCAGGUGCUGAAGGUCGAGGUUGGGGCGGAUAACCAUUGGCCAGCAGCACAACAUAGCAUCCAUGCAGGCUCUGCAGUCAGUUGUGUGGCAAUUUCUUCCAACGGGUCGUGGAUCGUGUCAAGUUUGAAUGACUACACAAUCCGGGUGUGGGAUGUGUCGACGGGUGAUGCGGUGGGUGACCCUUUCAAGGGUCGCGCAGAUCAGAUACUUUCUGUUGCUAUCUCGCCAGAUGGGAAGUGGAUUGUGUCAGGCUCGCUCAGCAGGGAAAUCCGGGUCUGGGAUACCGCAACGCGUGCAGCUAGUGGAGACCCCCUCAAUGGACACACAUAUUGGGUCCGCUCUGUUGCCUUCUCGAAAGACGGCAAGUGGAUCGUGUCAGGCUCGGACGACAAUACAAUCCGGGUAUGGGAUACAGUGACGCAUGCUGCAGUGGGCGGCCCUCUUGAGGGACACACAGACUCGGUUUUAUCUGUUGCAUUCUCACCAGACGCGUCGCAGAUCGUGUCAGGCUCGAAAGACAACACAAUUCGGGUAUGGGAUGUGGCAACGUGUACCACUGUGGGUGACCUUCUCAGGGGACACACGAAUAGGGUCACUUCUGUUGCUUUCUCGCCAGAAGGGUCGUGGAUCGUGUCAGGAUCGGGUGACCACACAAUCCGGGUCUGGGAUGCGAAAACGCAUGCUGCUAUGGGCGAGCCUCUCAGGGGGCACACAAAUUUGGUUAGUUCUGUUGCAUUCUCUCCAGACGGGUCGCAGAUUGUGUCAGGCUCAUAUGACUGCACAAUCCGGGUCUGGGAUGUGACAACGCAUGCUGCAGUGGGUGACCCUCUUAAGGGACACUCACUAAGCAUCUCCUCUGUUGCUUUCUUCCCAGACGGGUCGCGGAUUGUGUCAGGCUCAAAUGACUGCACAAUCCGGGUGUGGGAUUCUACCAUGCAUUCUUCUGUGGGAAACCUUCUCGAGGGACACGCAAGUUCAGUCCAUUCUGUUGCAUUCUCGUCAGACGGGAAAUGGAUCGUGUCAGGCUCGGGAGACAGGACAAUCCGAGUCUGGGAUGCGACAACGCAUGCUGCAGUGGGUAGCCCUCUCGAGGGACACGCAAGUUCAGUCCAUUCUGUUGCAUUCUCGUCAGACGGGAAAUGGAUCGUGUCAGGCUCGGGAGACAGGACAAUCCGAGUCUGGGACGCGACAACGCAUGCUGCAGUGGGUGACCCUCUUAAGGGACAUUCAAAAGGUGUUACCUCUGUUGCAUUCUCGUCAGACGGGAAAUGGAUCGUGUCAGGCUCGGGAGACAGGACAAUCCGAGUCUGGGAUGCGACAACGCAUGCUGCAGUGGGUGACCCUCUUAAGGGACAUUCAAAAGGUGUUACCUCUGUUGCAUUCUCGUCAGACGGGAAAUGGAUCGUGUCAGGCUCGGACGACUACACAAUCCGAGUGUGGGAUACGAUGACGCAUGCUGCUGUGGGCGACCCUCUCAAGGGAUACACAGGUGAGGUAUAUUCUGUUGUUUUCUCGCCAGACGGGAAGUGGAUUGUGUCAGGCUCGAGCGACGGCGCAAUCCGGGUCUGGGAUACCGCAACACAUGCUGCAUUGGGUGGCCCUUUCGAGGAACAUGGAGGUCCAGUUCAUUCUGUUGCGUUCUCGCCAGACGGGUCGCGGAUUGUGUCAGGAUCAGAUGACCGCACAAUCCGGGUCUGGGAUGCGAAAACGCAUGCUGCAGUGGGUGACCCUCUUACGGGACACUCACUAAGCAUCUCCUCUGUUGCUUUCUCGCCAGAUGGGUCGCGGAUCGUGUCAGGCUCGGGCGACUACACAAUCCGGGUGUGGGAUGCGCCCUGCAUUCAAGAUGUCUCGACCAAUGUGGUCCAUGGCCCAGAAAUGACGCCGCGCUCAGCCCCCAGCAACACGCCUCCCAUAUAUCUAUCUGAACUUCCAUCCGUGUAUCCUACCUUCAUUCUCAUAUCACAUCUUCCGGAACACACAAUGCGCAAAGAUGGCCUCUAUAGCUCUACGCCACAACCUGCAUGGAACUAUCGUCCAUAUAGACACAUCAACAGCGACGGUUGGAUAGUGGGUCCAGAAUCAGAACUAGUAUUCUGGGUGCCCGCCGCGUACCGCGAUAGAUUAUGGCCUGAUCCAAGGCUUCAAUUUGCCAUUGGAAAGCAGCUCAUACAACUAGACCUUAGUCAAUUUGUUCAUGAGCCGAAGAAUGCGCAGGAGGGGUCGAAAUCUUGGAGUGCCCACCAAUUCGUCGAGAAGAAGAGGGAGGCCUGCCAACGAGCACUCCUUGCAUUUAUCAGCGCGCAUUUAGAGAGCCGACGUCUGGCAGUCGUGCCCUAUGGCAGAUUGGAAUGA